AAUCCCAAUCCUACUGCAAGAAUGAUCCGAUUGUCUAUGAGACAUAUACUUUGCACAGGAUACAUCCAAACCAGUGAAAAAGGCAACGUGCAAUGUUUAGAAACUGAAACUCUCAUAAAUCAACCAAGUCAACUUAUUAAAAGGAUUGAAAAUGUUAUGAAUAUGAACAAUGUAGAAUAUGAUGAACCCGAAAGCGAAUUGCUUAAUGAAGAUGUGAAUAUUCUUCUCACAAACUGUGAUAUUGAAGAAAUGGAAAGUGUGAAUGCACUUGACGGUUAUGAUGAAAAUGCUAUCGCAUAUUUUGCUGGAUUUGUGGCUCGACGAAGUAUUACAAAAAGCAACUGUAAUUAUUGUCGCAACGAUAUGAUGAAAACUCCAAUGGAUGAAUCGACAGAAAAUGAGAAAUAUAUAGAGUUUCGUAAAUAUCCGAAUGAAGAUGAAGAUGCUCCAACAGUCACAAAAUUAGAAGAAUCAGAAUUGAAGCAUACGAGUUGCGUCUUCUUGUCAAACAGCUUGAAACACGAUACUGCUGCGGUUUACACCGUUCAAAACUUGCUUAUCCCGAAAAUAAAAAGCAACAGUAAAAAAGUAAAGAAACUUAUUUACAUGACUGAUGGUGCUAAACAACAUUUUAAGAAUAGGUAUCAAAUUGCUAACCUAAUUCAUCAUAAAGCAGAUUUUGGUAUUGAAGCAGAGUGGCAUUUUAGCGCGACUGCCCAUGGAAAAAGUGGUUACGAUGGCAUUGCCAAGUUGAACAUAACAAAAUGA